UCCACCCGGAAAUCCCAUACUAACGUACUCAUAAUAAUAACAAACUCGCGAUCCGGCAACUUGAUGUGACUCCGAAAAACAUUGCGCCUUAUGACGUGCGAGAAAUUACAUUGUAAAGUUUCUGUAAGUAAUAUAACAGGAGCGAGGCUCGCGAGGAUGAUACAUUAUGAUUCCUCGAAAACGCCCUGAUCCAUCUAACGUCAAACAAUGACGGCAUUGACAUUGAUGUUGCAAGUCCAGUAUAGUAACGACGUAUGAGUAACGACUGAGUCACUUCGUUGACAGCAGCUGGGAGAUAACAAUGGGACAAUCUCAGGACACAAUCCAAACUCUCGCUACUUCUCGCGUAAUAUUCGACGAGAAGGGUAACAAUGGAUUCACGAUAUGUGGCAGAGACAUACCAGCCGAAUUACUGGCCGAAAUCUUUUGUCGCGCCGAUCUUAAGACCCUGUUGAAUUGCCAAUUGGUAUGUAAGCGGUGGUGGAUAGUCAUACAAAAUUACAUCUGGCGCAAGAAGGCGGAACUGACACUCGGCAAGCCGUUCCCACGCCACGAGGAGAUGCCCUGGCAUGUAUUCUACUUGAUAUGUAAGAGGAAACCUUUCGAGAGGAACCUGUUAAAGAACCAUUCCGGCGAGCAAAAGAUGAAGCAUUGGGAGAUUUGCAGCAACGGCGGUGAUUCUUGGAUGGUCGAGCAUCCGCCUGCCGGAGUGCCAGAAAUGCCAUUGACGAUAUUUGAGGGAAAACAAAUCUGUUUUGUAACGUCUUACCACAGUUGUACCAAGAGACAAUUGGUGGAUUUAGUGGCCGAAGGAUUACAUCCGUAUGUUUUGGAUGUUCUGCAGCCACCUAUAAUGGUCAGCGAAUGGUAUAGUUGUCGAUGGGAUUGCCCAGCAGUGUAUGAGGUCCAUGUUGAAUUAUUAGCAAGUGAGGAAAAGGAUAAUAGAAUCUUAGACAGGUUUCAAUUUCGUGACACCAUAGAAGGCGAAAGACAGAAUCAAUGGCUAUAUAAAUCACAUGUAUUUGAAAACUAUGGAGCUGGCUUGAGGAAGAUUAACUUUUUGCAUGGUGGAAUGGACAAAUCAUUUUGGGCAGGACAUUAUGGUAGCAAAAUGGCAGGUGCGUGUAUCAGUGUAAAGAUUCCUCCAGUUUCUACAUAUACUUAUGAUGAUGAAUCAGAUACACCAUCAAUUUUAGAUGAAUAGAGAUGUAAAAUAAUUAUGUUAUAUUAUUCUAAAUAA